UCGCUCCCACUAGAGGAGACGUAUCGACAGCGGCGCAUGCGCGUUCUGCGCCAGCGAGAGGAGACGCACUGAUCAAGUCACGGUUUAAACCGCAUUAAAGACAAGAUGGCAGGACUGCCCCGCAGGAUCAUUAAGGAGACACAGCGUUUGCUCGCAGAGCCCGUACCUGGGAUCAAGGCGGAACCGGACGAGGGAAAUGCCCGCUAUUUCCACGUGGUCAUCGCUGGACCCCAGGAUUCUCCCUUCGAAGGAGGGACUUUUAAACUUGAACUUUUUCUACCGGAAGAAUAUCCAAUGGCAGCUCCUAAAGUACGCUUCAUGACCAAAAUAUACCACCCCAACGUAGACAAGUUGGGGAGAAUAUGCCUAGACAUUCUCAAAGACAAGUGGUCUCCCGCUCUGCAGAUCCGCACGGUGCUCUUAUCCAUCCAGGCAUUAUUAAGUGCACCCAACCCAGAUGAUCCACUAGCUAAUGAUGUUGCAGAGCAAUGGAAAACCAACGAAGCUCAAGCCAUAGAGACAGCCCGCACAUGGACCAGGCUUUACGCAGGAAAUAACAUUGAAGUUUAAAAAUAGAAGUCCCAAGUGUGAACACCGCUCUUCUGUUCCGCCAAGACCCUAUCCUUUUCUGUUUGCAUUUAAAGGACACAGUCUUAGAAGAAAUGAAACAAAGAAUAUAUUAAAUGGGGGAAAAAACAAAGCAAAAGACCAUUUGUUUGAUUUAAAUGCACAGUAACAGCUGUCUAUGUCCUGGUUCACUGUAAGCGUGGGCAGAGGCCUGUGACUUGCCACAUGCUUUUUAACUUUGUUUGGGGGGCCUGGUGACUUUGGCUGCACACGGCAUCUCAUUGGCAACUCUGGCCUGACGCAGGGUGGUGGGGGUGCCAGAGUGCUGUCAGCACGGAGUGCUUUUAACUUUUUUUCUUUUUUUUUUUUUUUUCUUUUUUUAAUGUUUGUUUUGGUUUGUGAUGCUCCUGGUUUAAUGAAACACAGCUAACUAGGUCUACCUGAUCAUGCCACUUCAGCCUAUUCUUUUAGGUCCUGUAGAAACAGCGGCGCUAGGCUUGUAAAGAGUUUGUCCAACUUGGACCGAGAGAAGGUAACAACAUCUAAAUGAAAAUGAGGCCUCCACCACCAUCAUCACCAUUUAUACAGUUGUGAUUGCUCUCAAUGUAGUCUAAUAUAGGCUUGUGACUUUUUUGUAUGGCUUGUCUGGGAAAAGGAAAAAAAAAUGUGUAAAUCUUUUGUGUUUUAGUGAUAUUUUGUUCUGUUUUGGUUUUCAUGUUAUGUUUUCCUUCUUGCCUUUUCCCACACAAAGUGGGUUCUGGUUGCUUUGCUGGGCUCUGCCUCGGGUUUGACUGCUGGCUUUCCACCUUUUCGUUUCCUUGGCCGGAAGGUUGCUACCUUUGCUGAGCUCCAGUGAUCCGACAGGUGGCUUUAUCACUCAAGUUCAUCAUUGGUUCUUGGUUAAAAAGCUGUAUUAAAAUAAACUGAUUGUAAAUUCAUUCUUUAUAUAAAAGAGGAGCAAAACGGUUUCCUACUGUUAAAAUAUGAGAAGUCCAUCUGCAUUCUUUGUUCUUUCUG